GAUCUGUUGUCCCGUGAGUUUCUUCUUAUGAAUCUGAUUCGUAUUCGCAAUUUCUGAUCGAAAAGAAACCGACCCAUUUGGAGGACUUGCGGCAUUUCUGGAAAGAACUAUCUAGUUUUCAUUAUUGUCUCUGUUUGGUAGAACAGGGUAAGAUAGAUCGGUUUUUGAAGAAAUCUGGUACUAAUUUGAGGUUUGUAUCAUAGAAAUGGGAAAUGGGAGAGACCCUUUUCGACCCUUUUCGACCCUUUUCGAUUGAUGUUUAGAUACUAUAAGGAUGCAAGUCAAAUACAUGAACCCAUAAGAGAAAACCCAGAAUCCAGUGUUCUUAUAAUCUCUGCCUACAAGAGCCCCAAAAGAAACCCAGAAACCAGAAUGAGAGUGUGUAGCUUGCCUAGCCCAUUGCAUCUAUUAUUUAUUAUGUGGAAUUGAACAAAACAUUUAGCUGGUGUAGCCUGCUGCACGAACCCCGAUGAGUUUAUAUCAGAGAUGAUAAAAGAAUGGCAGCUGAGAGAUACAUAUAGAAAGGCGAAUUGAUUGAGGGGCGUUGUGGAGUUAAAAGAGAAAGAACAAGUCCCGAGUGUUUGGUUUAGGGCGAUUUGUGGCUGUAGCAGAGGAGGGGGGGCUUUCUCAGACCGCCUGUCUGCUUCUUUUUCACCGUUUCCUCUUUAUAUUGCUGUGAUUUGUCUAUUAAAUGCUUCUUUUCGAAGCACUCAAAAAGGCUAUUAUAUAUUGUUGCUGAGCUGAACCCAACUGUUCUUCUUUUCAUCUUUCGAUAACUUUUAAUCGUUUAAAUCUCUCUUUACUCAACUGGGUUUGGGGAUUUAGCUUUAUUUGAGCGUUUUGUUGCACUUUUCCCAUUUGGUUUGGCUGAAAUGUGGACGAGUUAGGCCUUCUUCAUUGAAUUUGCUCCACCAAAUAAGCAUCAUUCUGAGAAAUCCCACGAUCCUUGUUGUGUAUAAUGCUCGAGCGUCUAAUGGAUAAGUAGACGAACACAGAGUGGCUGCAGAAGCACAACAACAGCCACAGGCUCCUGUUUAUCGAACCGCGCCGCUCUUGUUUGUCGCUCGUGCGUUUACAAUUUCAAACACAGAUCUCGAGACCCUUUUCCUCUUAGCUACAACAGCUGACAUCUGUUUUGCUUUUGCACCAAUUUUUCCGGCCUUCCCCUCCCAUUCUCUCUUAUUUAUGUAGACCCCGAUCUUCCUCCUCCUCCUCCUCCAUUGGUUUUGAACUCGAUUCAAAGUACUUGGACGAGUUUUUCGUGGCUUUGUUUUAUACUUUCCUCAAAGGCGUGGGGUUUGACUCUAUGAGAAGAAGCUGUAUUAGCCACAAUCUCAGCCGGGUCGGUGACAUAGUGUUGAAUUUUGCUGUUGCUUUACGGUGAUCUCGAGAAUUGUUAAGUGUUUGGCCUUUGAUGUGGAAUAUUGCUCCUGGAACAAGACAUGCUGAGUUCUGACAGAGACACAGAUGUUUUCUUCGACUCAGAAGAUUACUUGCCAUUAGAGGACUCCUUGGUAGCAGAAGAAGUGGGUUUCAACAAGUUGGGAUAUGAAAUAUGGAUGAGUGAGCCACAGAGCAUUAAGAGGAGAAGACAGCGUUUUCUUCAAGAAGUUGGAUUACUUGAAUUUGCGUCUUCAAGAACUUGUGCACAUGAUUUAGUGAUUGAAUCAAGUGAUUCAUCAGGGAGGAUGGAAUUGGAGAGACUUACAGAAUUCAGUGGAGCUGUCUCAAGUUCUGACUAUGCUCCUACCUGUAAUGUGGAGGAGAAUGAUUUAGAACUAUGCUCAAAUGAGAUGCUUCUACCAGUUUCUGUUUCGAACUCCGGUUCUCGACGUUGCCAUGGCGAAGCUGAUGUCGAAGGUUGCCGGGAUAUUGAUGUCGGUAAAAGGAAAAUAAAGAAGUGGUGGAGAUCAUUCAAGAACAAGGCGGCGAGCUUAAGAAGUACAGAGAAAACAAUCCCAGCAGAAUCCAAAACUUGCAGAAUGAAGGUGUAUCAAAACAAGAAGAGAUGCUCAGAGUUUAGUGCUUUGUAUAUGAGACAGCAGAUUGUUGCACACAAGGGCUUGAUUUGGACAAUGAAGUUUAGUCCAGAUGGGAAGUAUUUGGCAAGCGGAGGAGAAGACGGAGUCGUACGCGUAUGGCGUAUAUCGUCUGCAAAUGCCUCUACUGAAUUCUUAGCAAAUGAUGGUAAUUAUAACAACAAACCAAGAGAAGGGAAGUCUAGCUUCAGCAGCAAACCGUUGAGAUUUGCCACUGUUGUCAUUCCUGAAAAGGUUUUUCAGAUUGAUGAGCAGCCAGUGCAAGAGUUCUAUGGACAUUCCAGUGAUGUCUUGGACAUAGCUUGGUCCAAUUCAAACUGUCUUCUUUCAUCCUCAAAGGAUAAAACUGUGCGCUUGUGGGGAGUUGGCUCUGAUCAAUGUCUUGGUGUUUUCCACCACAAGAACUACGUGACUUGUAUCCAAUUCAAUCCAAUGGAUGAAAACUACUUCAUCAGUGGCUCAAUUGAUGGCAAAAUCCGAGUUUGGAGUGUGUUGAAACAGCGGGUGGUUGAUUGGGCUGAUGUCCGAGAUGUCAUUACUGCAUUAGCUUAUCAACCAGAUGGGAAGGGUUUUGCUAUUGGCUCGAUUACCGGCACGUGUCGUUUCUACAAAACGUCAGGUGAUUAUUUUCAUUUGGAUGCACAGAUCAAUGUUCAAGGGCGAAAAAAGGCCUCUGGCAAAAGGAUCACUGGCAUUCAGUAUUGCCGGGAAAACUCUCAAAGAGUGAUGAUAACUUCGGAAGACUCGAAAGUACGCGUAUUCGAAGGAAUCGAAAUCGUCAACAAAUAUAAAGGUCUACCGAAGUCGGGGAGUCAGAUGUCUGCUUCUUUUACAAAAAAUGGGAAGCAUAUAAUAUCUGUAGGAGAGGACUCUCGUGUAUAUAUGUGGAACUAUGAUAGUCUUCACCUCCCAUCAAUGAAAGAAACGAAAUCUCAGCAGUCUUGUGAGCAUUUCUUGUCUGAUGGUGCUUCUGUUGCUAUACCAUGGCCUGGUGUUGGAACAGAGAUGAAAUGCUUUGGCAACAACCAACGGCAGUUCUCACAGAGACAGGAUAACCAAGGGGCUUCAGAGCGUUUUUCCCUUGCUAAUUGGUUCUCUGCUGAUAAUCUGUGCCGUGGAUCCGCAACAUGGCCAGAAGAGAGGCUACCUCUCUGGGAUUUACCAGUUGCAGAUGAUGAACAUGGCAACCUGGAACACCAUAAUAGUCAGAGCGACGCCCAGGACCAUGUAGCUCCACCCGACACAUGGGGCCUUGUGAUUGUCGUGGCUGGAUUAGAUGGAACUAUAAAGACAUUCCAUAACUAUGGAUUGCCCAUCAGGCUUUAGGAAUCCAAUUGAAUUCCAGGAGCUUCUAAAAGCUAAAAAAUGGUUGAUUCUUUCUCCUUUUUGUAUCUUCCAGUCAGUGCUAUAGAGAAAAGCUUUCUAUUUGUUUAUUCCUUCUAAAAAUGUAUGUUUUAGAGGUCUGAAAAUUUGUAAAUCUACCCCUUUUUUCUUCUUGUUUGGUUUAUGUGAAUAUUACUGCCAAUAUAAAUGGAAUACACUAGGCAGAUUUUUGGCAUUUGAGUGAUUUUUUCUCAUUGA